GGAAUGGUUCUUUUCCUCUGAAAAUACUGGUCCUUGUGUUUCUGGUGGCAGACUGGCAUUUGACUCAGAGCAGUGCACCAUGUCUCAGCCGCCGAAACUGCGACCUGGAAAGUUCCGGUCCAGCCGCGUUUCAUGGUUCUGUUCCAACCUUGGGAUGGAGCACCCGAUGAAUCCGACGUCGGCGGAGACAGUUGGGACCAUGGCCACGAUCUGGUGAUGAUCAGCAAAUGGCCCACAGCCUGGGUCAGCAGAAAUGCAAGUCCGAGCUCCAUGGCGCGUUCUAAAUGCAACACAAAUGAUCAUCAGCUGGCGCAUCUGGCGCAUGAUAUCUCAGCAUGACAUGUCCGGUCUUCGAUGAGCUCCGUAAACGUGAUGAUCGACGGGCCAUGAUUCGGAAUGUUCUCCGCUCAACGCGACUCCUCGCUCGAUUUCACAGAACCCGAGCGAUUGACGGACGCCCUCGGACACCUGACUUCGAGAGGCGUCCCAUCAUGUUCCCGCCGCUGACAACCGAACGGCGUCUGACGGCGACAAGCUGAUGACUUCACAGCCUCCGUGGUGCAUGUCGAAAUAAGCACCUUGCUUUGCUUGGCCUCAGAUCAAUACCGCCCUCGUUGUGCUCCCAAUCCGGAAUACGAUCAGCAAUCCCAACGCCUUCUUUAACUCUCCGAUAUCGCUCUUCCUCUCCUCAGUUCAAUCUCUGAUACCCAAAAUCAUUGGAAGACUGUAACGAUUGCAGCCCAGGGAUUGUCCAACACAUGCUCAUGGGGAGGACAUCGAUGGGUCGAUCCACAUGAACGAUAUCAGUCAGAGAUGGGUGUCUGUGAUGUUCGACACUGAUGAUGGACGUUACUAGACGCUGAUGAUGAUCGUAUGUGUUCUGGCAAGUAGCAAGGAUAUCUGAUAGAUGGGGAGUUGCUACUUCCGCUCUCUCUAACGCGGAGAAGACAACGAGGGUUCGGGUAGGUCCCUGAGAUCCCCGAGGUGCUGCACAGGUUUUUGGACGUGGCCAACAGUGACUGAUCGAGAAUUCCUUCUGUAUAUGCCUUCGCACUGCCUAUAAGAAUCACACCCGUUCGUCGACACAACCCACCCACUCCACACCUCCAAUGACCGCCCCCCAUUCUCUCGAACCUUCAUACGACCUCGUCUUCGCUGGCGGAGGUACUGCCGCAUGUGUCACUGCGGGUCGUCUCGCAAAGGCUUUCCCUGAUCUCAAGAUCCUUCUUCUUGAGAGUGGACCAUCGACCAAGGAUGUCAAAGACCAUGUCAUGGCGGGACAGUACCUCAAGCACUUGAUGCCGACGUCCAAGGUCACCCAGUUCACCCAGUCGCAGCCGUCCGAGAGCGUCAACGGACGCUCUGUGAUCGUCCCAUCUGGACGCUGUGUCGGCGGUGGAUCUUCGAUCAACUUCAUGCUGUACAACCGGCCCGCAAAGUCCGACUUUGACGCGUGGGAAAACGAUUUUGGCAACGCCGGGUGGUCUGGCGACGACCUUAUUCCACUGCUGGCCAAGGCCGAAACCUACGAAGUUGAUCCUGCCCGUCCCACGCAUGGAUCCACUGGCCCGCUGAGAGUGUCGUCGCUCGGAGGCCACACGCUGUUCCCGAUCGCCAAAGAGUUCCUCGAGAUUGGCCCACAGGUCGAGAAGAAGCGCCCUUUGGGGAAAGAAGGGAACUCGUUUGGCCCCGAAUCACUAAACGUCUUCUUCCCCAUGCCUAAAUGGAUUUCCAGCGACGGCCGUCGCUCCGAUGCGGCACACUACUAUGUCUUCAAGCCAGACUACCCGAAUCUGACCGUUGCUGACGGUUGCAUUGUCAACAAGAUCGUGGUCGAAAACGGCGUUGCCACCGGGGUCGAAUAUCUCUUCAACAAGAACAUCCACGAAGAUGCAUCCCAGGACAUUCGAACUGUCAAAGCGACCAAAUUGGUCGUUGUGUCGGCUGGUGCCAUGGGUUCGCCGCUGAUUCUCGAGCGCUCUGGCAUUGGGCGCAAGGAUAUCUUGGAGAAAGCCGGCAUUCCCAUCGUGUCCGAGCUCUCCGGGGUGGGCGAUAACUACCAAGAUCACACCUUCGCGGUGACACCCUACAUCGCGAUGCCCGAUGCUCCAACAAUGGACCCGGUCUACCGCGGCGAGCCCGAAACAUGGGGACCCGGUCUGGCGGACUGGGAGCAGAACUCCAGUGGUAUCUUCGCCACCAAUGGUGUCGACGCCGCCAUCAAGAUUCGGCCGUUCCCCGAGGAACUGGCUGAAAUCGGACCUGAGUUCACCGAGACUUGGAACAAGCAGCUCAGAGAUUAUCCUGACAGGCCUCUGUUCUGGCUUUCCAAUGUGCCUGGAUUGCCUGGAGAUCAAUCUGCCCUCCCGCCUCUGCGGUUCUUGUGUUCGGCCUGCUUCUUGGGCUAUCCAUCCUCCCGAGGCUAUCUGCACAUAUCGUCCGCUGAUCCUUACGCCCACCCUGACUUCCAGGCCGGCUUUUUGUCAGACCCUGCUGAUGUAGCUGCGAUGCGCUGGGGCUACAAGAAGGGACGUGAAAUCAUCCGCCGCCUCCCCUCGUUCGCGAGUGCCCUGCCUCCUGCUGGGCCCCAGUUCGGCGAGGGCAGCAAUGCUGCAUACACUGAAAAGGGACCUGUGCCCAUCGAUGCACCGAAAAUCGUCUACUCGGCUGAGGACGACAAGGCCAUUGACGCCUAUCUCCGCCAGUGGGUCCAAACGACCUGGCAUUCGCUGGGAACCUGUGCCAUGAAGCCCAAGGCCGAAGGAGGUGUCGUUGACAGCAAACUCAAUGUGUACGGCGUGAGCAACCUUAAAGUUGACGACUUGUCCAUCGCUCCCUCGAACGUCAGCGCCGUAAGUCUGCCAGCAUGCUCAGUCACACCAGAAAAUCAGGCUGAUUGCCUGUCUAGAACACCUACUCGGCAACUGUUGCAAUCGGCGAGAAGGCUGCGGUCAUCAUCGCCAAGGAGCUGGGUGGCUCACUUUGAACAGAGAUCAUCGCGUCUUUGUAACCCAAUACAAGUUGUAUUUUCGGUAUAUGAGAAUCCAUGUGUAAAUUCCGACUGGACCACGGAGACUUGCGUCGGCACACAGGCCUCGCCGGAAAGCAUGUUAACCAUGCAUGUGAUAUGGGCCAAGAAUAAUCCUGCUGCGUGAACUUUGGCAUGACUUCGUGUGGGCGACAGAUCACCUAAUACAGAACCCAGCAAUCAUGUUUAUCUGAUAAAGAUGGGGAGUUGAUCAUACUCUGGCCUGGCCAGCGGCUUCUAAUAAGCUAGUAUACGGAUCGAGUAGGCGAGAAGUGAAGGAAAUAUACGCAUUAUGUACCGAGGCCUAUGGGGGAUAUAAAAUAAGAUUCACUCUUCACCAAGGCUGAGAUUUGAACAUGCGACCCUCUAGGGUCAACGCGGGGGAAUAUCGGAGCUCGGAGCAGACCGGGUGCAAGGAAACUGGUGUCGACUGAACUAAUAUGAGAGUGGAAAUGUAUAGACAAGGCAGGGCGGCCGCAUAAGUAGAUGAACUUAAAAAGAUAUAGCUCACUUGAUUCCGGACUGUAUUCAAAUUGUGGACUCGAAAUCGACAUGUAGCAGUCUUGAACUCACCGGCUCUAUUCACAUGUGUAAGGCCGGGUGGUUUCGAGUUCUGGAUUUGAU